AAAAUUCUCAUUGGUGAACAAGAACUCACAUUCUCCAUUAUACUGUGAGCCAAAGUCAUAGCUAAACAUUGACAAGGACACCUUACAAGUCUGCACUGUGCAGUGGACAUUAUUCAACAUCUCUGUUCUGGACCAUGGUCCUUUAUAGUGGCUGCAGUAUGAGCAUCCCUGCUAGUGUGAGUGUUGAGAGCCAGCUGCCCACCUCCUGGAGCCCCCACUACAACAACCCAGAUGUGUCCAUGGUGUCGUCGGGUUACGCUAGUCGUCUGUGGUCCCAGGACCUCCACCCACAGUAUUGGUCCAAAUAUCAGGUGUGGGAGUGGCUUCAGCAGACCCUGGAUGUGCACCAGAUUGAUGCCAUGUCCAUCCCAUUUAAUAAUUUUGACCUGGAUGGAAGGCAACUAUGUAGCAUGAGCUAUCAGGACUUCACUCAUUUGGCUGGAUCUGUUGGUCCGGUCCUCUACCAGAGUCUGACUGAUCUCAAGUGUUGCAAUCAGUAUGGCCCCUCAGUGGAUAUGUUUUCACCAGGGUAUAUUAAAACAGAAUUAGAUGAUCUUCCAUGUUCAAUGUUACCUUACAAAGAGGACCCCAGCUUCUAUGCCACCUCAGAGCAUUUUGACACUAAAACCCAGUUUCAGCCAACAACAGUGAUGACUUCACCAGCUCCCUGCAGUCCAGACCCUAAAAGACCCCACAGCCGCUCACACCAAGUGAAAAAACACAACCCUCGUGGAACCCAUCUGUGGGAGUUCAUACGGGAUAUUUUGCUGAACCCAGAGAGGAACCCAGGCCUGAUUAAAUGGGAGAACAGAUCAGAGGGUGUAUUUCGCUUCUUGAAGUCUGAGGCUGUAGCACAGCUGUGGGGCAAGAAGAAGAACAACAGCAGCAUGACCUAUGAGAAACUCAGUCGAGCAAUGAGAUAUUACUACAAACGAGAGAUUUUAGAACGUGUGGAUGGACGCAGGCUGGUCUACAAGUUUGGAAGGAAUGCACGUGGAUGGAGAGAAACAGAAAAAUGAAGGAGUUGGACACCUGUUUACUUUCCCCUUAUACUUUUAAUAGGAAAUGUGAAGUCUCUUAUUUAUAACCUUAUGACUUUUACAUUAUGUUGUUUUCCUAUAAGAAGGAGUGUGAUGUCUUUUUUUAUAUUGCUUUUAUUUAUACCUGUUUUUAUUUUUUGCUAGUUUAAAACUGAAAAAUAAAUGCUUUGAUGCAGCAAUCUGUGAAAAUUUCUUAGUUGAACACAGACCAACUUUUCAUUGUGCUAUUUACCGACUUUUUUAUAAACGCUUUUUAUAUAUAUUUAUGAACUCCAUACUCAGAUACUUUUCCAUCAUUGCCUGUCAGUUCACAUGCAGUGCGUUUCAGUGAAUGAUGCGCAGCCAGUUGAAUGUGGCUGUUAGGCUGUGCAUGAUUGGUCUUGGAGACACUGUUUACACCGCAUUACACCCACACUACAUUACUCACA